AUGAGGUUCUUCAGGAAUGAUAUCAUUGUCGGCGUUGAAAUACGAUUCGAAGAAAUGCGUUUUCCAGCUGUUACUAUCUGCAAUAUUAAUCCGUACAAAAAUUCUCUAGCUCGUGAAUCGCCUCCAAUUAGAAGCGCCGUGAGUUCAUCCUUUGGUCGUUCGUAG